UAGUCUGCACAUCACGAUUCUGGUUUAAUUAUCGACACAUGGCCAAUACACUUUCCUUAUAUAGGACAGUUAAGCGGUUAGGAAUUCCUGACGAGAGGAUAAUACUCAUGCUGGCAGAUGACAUGGCAUGUAAUGCUAGAAACAAAUACCCUGCCCAAGUUUUCAAUAAUGAAAAUCAUAAGCUUAAUUUGUAUGGCGACAAUGUGGAGGUAGAUUAUCGUGGCUAUGAAGUGACAGUGGAAAACUUUUUACGAGUUUUGACGGGUCGUCAUGAGGCUGCUGUUCCAAGGUCAAAGCGUCUUCUAAGUGAUGAAGGGAGUCAUGUACUUUUGUAUAUGACUGGGCAUGGAGGUGAUGAAUUUUUGAAAUUUCAGGACUCUGAAGAGCUCCAGAGUCAUGAUUUAGCUGAUGCUGUGAAGCAAAUGAAAGAGAAGCGUAGGUUUAAGGAGCUAUUGAUAAUGGUGGACACUUGCCAAGCUUCAACUCUCUUCUCACAGCUUCAUUCCCCAGGUGUUUUGGCUAUUGGAAGCAGCAUGAAAGGAGAGAAUUCAUAUUCACAUCACUUAGACCCAGACGUUGGUGUUUCAGUUGUGGAUCGUUUUACAUAUUAUACUCUAGCCUUCUUCGAGAAGCUAAAUAUGUAUGAUAAUGCCUCCUUGAGCAGCCUUUUCAAUUCAUUUAAUCCAAAUUUGUUGAUGUCAACCGCAUAUUAUAGAAUGGACCUAUAUCAACGUAGUUUGGAGGAGGUACCUGUGACCAACUUCUUUGGUUCUGUAAUGGAAACAUUACAUACUGAUUCAGCAUACAGUUCCCACAGGAGUAUAGACGUUGGAGAAGCCAAAAUUAAAAUGUGCACAGAUCAACCAAUCUCUCUGGGAGCGACCGAAGAAUUUUGAGAAACAUGGAUAACAAGGAUCAAGUUAGUAGUAACUUAAGCACUGAGGAAAAUUCACGGCAUAUCUUUGGACAACUCUGGAAUUCUAUUGUCAGCAAAGCGACCACACCUGAAAGCGUUGAUGCAUUUGUGUGCCACUCCCUUCUUUUAAUGUUUGCUUUGUUCGUAGUUUCCACAUGGCUAUCACG